GAGCUCCGGUCCUCGAGUCUGAGUUACCUAGGUAACAGCGGCAGAGGCGGGCCUGACGUCACGGGCGGCGCGCCUCCGCACUGCGGCACUGAGCUGGCUGGACAGCGCGCGUCGCCUGCCAGCCGUCCUGCGGGCCGAGCUGCUACCUCCCUCGUCCUCGCCUGGACGCAGGGAACCGCUUCGCGCCACCGCCGCCGCCGCCGGGCUGUCGCUCCUCUCCCCUGUUACCCUCAAAGUAACCUUCUGGCUACCUUAGAACUAAAAUUGGCACUAAUAGCCUAGAGAGUGAGCAGCACAAGAAGAUUCAGAGGACGAUGUUAGUGUAGAGCCAGACAAACAAGAAAAGCCAAAUAAAUCCUACCCAGAUCACGCGAGAUGGAGCCAGAAACCCCAGAACAGGUGGAUUCUGCACAGGAGAAAGUCAGAGGCAAGACCCCGCCAGCAGAUGAUCCAGAUGACGGCCGAGAAAAGGCCGGCAUAGAAGGGCAAGGGGAACUGACUGAAGCCUAUCAGCUACAGGUAGCUGAAGAAAUGGCAAAGGAGAUCAAGAAGAAAAUAAGAAAGAAGCUGAAGGAACAGCUGACCUACUUUCCUCCAGACACACUGUUGCAUGAUGACAAGCUGGCCAGUGAAAAAAGGAAGAAGAAGAAGAAGAAAGUGCCAGUGCCCGCCAAGCCUGAGACAAGUCCCUCAGAUGCCUGUGACAGUGCCGUUGAAGGGGAACAAAAGAAAGAAGGUGCCCCCGAGGGAUCUCACCACAUGGAGGGAAUAUGCUCAACAGAACAGAAUGCGGAUGCCACUGUGCCAGAGAACACAAAGCCCAAACCCAAGAAGACAAAGAAGAAGACUAAAGCAGUUUCAAAUGAUAAUGAAGACACUAAUGGAGAUGGUGUUCAUGAGAUAACAAGCCGAGACAGCCCGGUUCAUCCCAAGUGUUUGCUGGAUGAUGACCUCGUCAUGGGAGUCUACAUUCACCGAACCGAUAGACUUAAGUCUGACUUUAUGAUUUCUCAUCCAAUGGUAAAGAUCCAUGUGGUGGAUGAGCACACUGGCCAGUAUGUCAAGAAAGAUGACAGUGAACGUCCUGUUUCAUCUUAUUAUGAGAAAGACAACGUGGACUAUAUUCUCCCUAUUAUGACACAGCCAUAUGACUUUAAAAAGCUAAAGUCAAGGCUUCCGGAGUGGGAGGAGCAAGUCAUUUUUAAUGAAAAUUUUCCCUAUUUGCUUCGAGAGUUUGAAGAGUGUCCAAAAGUCAUUCUGUUCUUUGAGAUUCUUGACUUUUUAAGCAUGGAUGAAAUCAAGAAUAACUCUGAGGUUCAAAACCAAGAGUGUGGCUUUCGAAAAAUUGCCUGGGCAUUUCUUAAGCUUCUGGGAGCCAAUGGAAAUGCAAACAUCAACUCAAAACUUCGUCUGCAGCUCUACUACCCACCUACUAAGCCUCGAUCCCAGCUAAAUGUUGUCGAGGUUUUUGAAUGGUGGUCCAAGUGUCCAAGAAAUCGUUAUCCAUCAACAUUGUAUGUAACUGUACGAGGAUUGAAAGUCCCGGACUGUAUAAAGCCAUCGUACCGCUCUAUGAUGGCUCUCCAGGAGGAAAGGGGUACACCAGUGUACUGUGAACGUCACCGUGAAACAAGUUCCGUGGACACAGAACCUGGACUAGAAGAUUCAAAGGAGGAAGUGAAGUGGAAACGUCUGCCCGGCCAGGCCUGUCGUAUCCCAAACAAGCAUCUCUUCUCACUAAAUGCUGGAGAACGAGGGUGUUUCUGUCUUGAUUUCUCUCACAAUGGAAGGAUAUUAGCAGCAGCCUGUGCCAGCCGAGACGGAUACCCGAUUAUAUUAUAUGAAAUUCCUUCUGGACGUUUUAUGAGAGAAUUGUGUGGCCACCUCAAUAUCAUUUAUGAUCUCGACUGGUCAAAAGACGACCGCUAUCUCGUUACUUCAUCCUCUGACGGCACUGCCAGGGUUUGGAAGAAUGAAAUCAACAGCACAAGCACGUUCAGAGUCUUGCCUCACCCCUCCUUUGUCUACACGGCUAAAUUCCACCCAGCCACACGAGAGCUGGUGGUUACAGGAUGCUACGACUCUAUGAUAAGGAUUUGGAAGAUUGACGCAAGGGAGGAUACUGCCAUAUUAGUGCGCCAGUUGGACGUGCACAAGAGCUUUGUCAACUCCAUCUGUUUUGACGAUGAAGGUCACCACAUGUACUCAGGAGACUGCAUCGGGGUCAUCGUUGUCUGGGACACGUACGUCAAAGUGACUGACGUGCAGCACUCCGUGCGCCACUGGACGAUAAAUAAGGAAAUAAAGGAAACUGAAUUCAGGGGAGUUCCAAUAAGUUACCUGGAGGUUCAUCCCAAUGGAAAGCGUUUAUUAAUCCACACCAAAGACAGUACACUGAGGAUUAUGGAUCUGCGAAUAUUGGCAGCCAGGAAAUUUGUGGGUGCAGCAAACUACCGUGAGAAGAUCCACAGCACCCUGGCGCCGUGCGGGACUCUGCUCUUUUCUGGGAGUGAGGAUGGGAUGGUGUACGUUUGGAACCCAGAGACAGGAGAACAAGUGGCAAUGUAUUCUGACCUGCCAUUCAAGUCCACUAUCCGAGACAUCUCUUACCAUCCAUUGGAGAAUAUGGUUGCAUUCUGUGCCUUUGGACAGAGUGAGCCGAUUCUUCUUUAUAUUUAUGAUUUCCAGGUAGCCCAGCAGGAGGCUGAAAUGUUGAAACGCUAUAGUGGGACACUCCCAUUGCCUGGGAUACAUCAGAGUGAGGAUGCUUUAUGCACCUGCCCUAAACUGCCCCAGCAGAGCUCUUUUCAGAUUGAUGAAUUUGUCAACACCGAAAAUAAUUCAUCAAGAAAGAUUCAACUUGUGAAACAGAGACUCGAAACUGUCACAGAGGUGAUACGGUCCUGUGCUGCAAAAGUCAACAAAAAUCUCUCAAUGACUUCGCCACCACCAGGCCCUGCAAAGAAGGCCAGGGUAAAGCAGGCGUUCGUGCUGACCACUGAUGAGAUCAUACAUCAGUUUGGACUCCCUCAGACGGCAUUUAUCAGCAUAGAGAGAGGGCCUUUUGUGCGCCACGUUGAUCCGCCACCAAUGGUCGUGGCUCUUUAUGACUACACAGCAAGCCGAUCAGAUGAACUAACCAUCCAUCGUGGAGACAUUAUCCGAGUGUAUUUCAAAGAUAAUGAAGACUGGUGGUACGGCAGUGUAAGAAAGGGGCAGGAAGGGUUCUUUCCAGCUAAUCAUGUGGCCAGUGAAACCCUGUAUCGAGACUCCCCUCCGAAGGUAAAGGAACGCUCCCCUCCUUUAACUCCCAAGGAGAAAACCAAACCAGAAAAGCCUCUGGCUUCUCAAAAGCAGUCGCUCAGUAAGGGCAGAUCCUUGGAUUCCAGACCGGGCCCACAGGCUGUGGGGCAUUCUGAGAAGGGCAAAGAUCAAAAUGUGGAGGACCGAGGACACAAAGUGGAUAUGGGGACAAAGAAGAGCGAGCCGAUGGUCCGCAAAGUCACCCUGAUAGAGUAAAAAGCUGGAGAAGAAGCAGAAACUGCCUGAUGAGUACACGUGACAUGAAGUCUACACCAGACGGAGUUCUCGUUAGAUUUGGGGGUGAAAAGAAGCAGUAUUUAUUGACCUUAUGAAAAAUCUGAAGCAAAGUUAGCUCUAAAAAAGAAAAAGUCACUGUGGCCUUUGGGCUUAAUUGUUAUAAACCAUUGUGAGUGUUAUUGGUCAAAGUAUUGUGCUUGUGCUAUUAGUAACUACAUCAAAAUUACAUUGCUGCUGCUGGAAAAGCCAAUAAAGAAAACUCCAGAACUGCUACUCAGUAAAUGUGAAUAACAGUGUGCACAGUGUUAGUCAUUCACUAAGUCAUCGUCCCGUGUGGUUGUGCUGUAAGCCAUCGUUCCAUGUGGCAAUGGCCAUGGCAUGGCUGUGCCAUAGGCCAUCAUCCCGUGUGGCUAUGGCCAUGAUGCUCUGCUCAGAAUGCAGAGAAUCUGCUUUUGAAGUUAACCGUGUGUAAAACACAAGUAGUUUCUGGAUAUUGUGUCUUCAAACAGCCCCAGUAACAAAAGCAUUAAAAAAAGACAGUUUGCUUUUAAGAACUAAAUGUUUGUGUUUCCCUUGAAUGAAUUUAUGUAACUCAACACUCCUAGACUAAGAAUGAUUUUGGCUGGACUGACAACAGUAUACCAAAUUUAUUUUUAUUUUUUAGACAGAGUUCAUAUUUAAGAACAUAAGUAAUUUAUGAAUAUAAACUAUGUAGUGGUUAUUUUAGUCUGAAUAUUUGUUUCUAAAUUAUUACACAGCAUUAUUUAUGCCUUUAGUUUCAGAAUAGCAAUGACAUUGCCGUAUGGCCAUAUGUUGCAGUUAGAUAUAGCCGAGACUCCUCCAUCUUGGUUUUCUCUUGACUCGUCCCUUUCUUCAGCUGCAUGGAAAGUCUGUCAGUAAAGCAUUUAACCCCAACAAGGUCAGACUGUGGUAAAGUUAGAAAAACGUAUUCACCGAAGUAAACAAUUGAUCUCGUUGAAAUAAGAAGUGAGAAACGCUGUGUUGAGCACUGAGGUGUAAACAUGUCCAGAUGCACAGCGUGAGUAGAUUCGAGUGAGUAGCUUCGAGGACACAUCUAUUUGCCUCUUAGCCCUGCACAUGUUGUAGAAGCUUAAAAUGGGAACAUGCCCCUGCUGUGGAGAACCUUGGUAGAAUUAUUGUUAGUACUAAAGGAGAUUUCCAGCACAUACAGGGUGGCACUGAAAACUGCUGAAGCCCACAGUCCUCAGUGCCGAAGGCUCAGCGGCCAAUGCCAGCGGCUGUGGUUGUGUGUCCGUGCCCCUGGCGCACUUGGGUGGGCAGCUCAGUCACUCUGAACUUGCUUCUCUUCUGUCUUGUGAGUGUGCUGCUUGAGACAAUUAAAAAUAAAGCUGUGUU